AUGUCCAUCUCCACUGAAGCAACAAAACAGUGGUUUAGUGAAACUGAAGCCAUGUGGCCUGGUCAGAAAUUCUCGAUUGAGAUUGAGCAAGUGCUUUUUAAAGGCAAGUCCGAUUUCCAGGAUGUACUCGUCUUCAAGUCAGCCACGUACGGUAAUGUACUUGUGCUGGACGGUGUGAUUCAACUCACGGAACGCGAUGAGUUUGCGUACCAGGAGAUGAUUACUCACUUGCCCAUGUUCGCACACAAACAGCCUAAACGUGUGCUCAUUGUGGGUGGUGGUGAUGGUGGCGUGCUGCGUGAAGUCACAAAGCACGACUGUGUACAAGAGGUUGUCAUGUGUGAGAUUGACUCGAUGGUAUGUGACGUAUCCAAAAAGUUCUUCAAGGACACAGUGGCCACGGCCUUUGAUGACCCACGGGUUACGCUACUGCACGCCGAUGCUGCCGUCUACCUUCGUGAGAACAGGAGCGACAAGUUUGAUGUGGUCAUUGUAGACUCAUCGGAUCCAGUCGGACCCGCUGAGGUCCUUUACCGCGCUGAAUUCUACGAGAACAUGAAAAAAUCGCUGUCUCCUGACGGAAUUUUCUGCACACAGGGCGAGUGUUUAUGGCUGCAUCUUGACCUCAUCGUAGACGUCAUGACACGCUGCCAGAACCUUUUCUCCUCAGUCAAUUACUCGUACACGACAAUCCCAACCUACCCGUCUGGUCAGAUCGGCUUCAUCAUGUGCUCACUUGACGACAGUGAGGGUGUGCUGAUCAAGCCGAAGCGCUUGCCAGAUGCCAAGAUGGAGCAGACCCUGCGGUACUACAAUCCCAAGAUACACGAGGCGUCGUUCGUGCUGCCUAACUUUGCUGAGCGCAAGAUUACCACUGUACGCAAGUGA